AUGAUCUCCUGUGUGUUACUGGUCGGACUGCUCGUCCUUUACAUGAUCUGGGAUGUGAACUACUUCCUGCGGUGCGUGGCAACCCUCGGCUACGGUAUGCUGUUUCAACGCAAUCGUAAAGUUACUGAGCAAACCGCCAUCUACGGCCUUUGCACGACACAGGACGUGGACAUCUUCAUCCGGCACAUGAACAAUGCUCGGUAUCUGCGGGAACUGGACUUUGCACGGUUCCACUUUUACGGUCUUACCGGGAUCUACGGUAAAAUUAAGGCCAAACGUGGCGGUGCAGUACAGGGAGCUUCCAGUGUGCGCUAUCGACGCACGAUCCCAAUCUUUACCGCCUAUAAAAUCACCACCAAGCUGGUCUGGUGGGACGACAAAGCCAUCUAUCUGGAGCAACAGUUCGUGACGUUAGCGGAUGGUUUCGUGCGUGCCGUCGCCAUGUCAAAGCAGUGUAUUACCAACGUUGACGUGCUGGCACUGAUGAAGGAAUUCCCUGGUGCGGAACAGAGGCCACCCAUGCCGGAGGAAUUGAAGCUAUGGCUCGAUUCGAUUGAGAUGUCUAGCCAGAAGCUACGUAAGGAUAAGUAG